GAAAGAAAACAGAGACAAGAGAGGUGUGAGAGAGAGAGGGAGAGGGAGAGUAAAAGAGAGCCUGGCACACAGACAAAGCGCUUGUCUCCCCUCCUUCUCCCUCUGGCUUUAAAAUGUGAAACAGCCCUUUGAAGAGGAAGCGAGGAGGGCAGUCCUGUAUCCCCAUUCAGCCUGGACUGUAGUGAGCAUUUAGUGUGCUGACGCUAACCAAGACACCAGACACAACACAGUCAGAGUCAGAGAACCAGCUGAGGACCUGACAGAGCACAGGCAUGAACGACAUCAAGCUGGCUCUGCUGGGAAGUGAGGGGGCUGGGAAAUCAGCCGUCCUUGUGCGCUUCCUGACCAGGCGCUUCAUCGGUGAAUAUGCCUCCAAUACCAAUUCACUGUAUCAUAAAAGGCUGUCGAUUGAUGGCCGGCAGCUGAACCUGGAAGUUUUUGACCCUUGCUCUGAGCAGAGCUCGGAGGCCAGGUGCAUACUUGAGGAGCCGGUGGACUGGGCAGAUGGCUUUGUGGUCGUGUACAACAUCAGUGACCGCAGUUCCUUCAUCCGCGCCAAGAACAUCCUGCUGCAGAUUCGGGAGGCACGCGUGGACAACUGCAAAGGGUCAGAAGCAGCGCAUGACGUGGAGGUUCCCGUGUGUCUGGUGGGCAACAAGCAGGACCUGUGCCACAUCCGACAGGUAUGUGAGGACGAGGGCCGCUGCCUGGCACAGGAGAACCACUGCAACUUUCAGGAGGUGUCGGCGGCCGAGAGCUACCAAGACAUCGGCAACCUCUUCACACAGCUCAUCCGGCAGGUGAUGGAGCACCUGAAGUACAGAGCAGACCGACGACGCUACAGCGGCUCCAAGUCCAUGGCUAAACUCAUCAACAACGUGUUUGGCAAGAGGAGGAAGUCAGUGUGAUGGCUCCAGUGUUGACAGUAGAUGAUGAUGAGUUGCAGGGACACAGAGGUGGUUUGUAUGGACCCGUGAUUAACGGACCCAUAUAAUGUGCAACCUGUCGAGUAUGUGUUACAAACACCAACCCAGAAUGUUUACAUAGAAACUUGAUGUCAUUUACUUAAGGACCUUAAUACUUCCAACAGUGGUGUACAUGACCUUGAGGGCAGGCUCAAGAAAUAGUUUCAUGUCAAAAAGGUCGAUUAUGAUACUCACAGAAUGUGUGUGUUUUUAGUGCUUUCUCUAUCAAUUCUAUAUUCUUUUUGAUAUCUUGCUUAUCUUUUAAGUGGUCUAUAAAAUACACAUCUGGCACAUCUAUUUAGAGCUCUGAGUCAGGUUUGGUUAUGUAAAGCUGUGACAUUAUGAAAGGUGUAAAUGAUCCUGCCCAGGUGCCACGAGGCUGUGAAGAAAAUGUAAAUGAAGCACAGUCUGUACUUGUAGAAACAGGUCAAAUCAGACAAUGAAAGUCAAACCACCCAGUUACCAUGUGUUGGACCUUUGGAAGGAAAAAUCUUCGGUUCGGACUCAAAUUGUUGUUUUCGGAUAAAUUAGAAUUAUGCAUGAUGUGAGCUAAAACUAAUAAGAGUCGGAAUCAUCUGAUUAGCCAAAAGAGCCCAAGAAUGUAACCGCACAUUCGGUGCCAACUUUCAGAACUUAGUGACUUUUGAUAAAAAAAAACAACAACAACAACAACUCCUGACUCUAAGAGUGUCAGCUCUUUUGCAAACAUAAUGUCUUGCUGCUUUUAACGCUGUAGAUUUCACACAUGAAAUACGACUAUAAUGUGGACGCAUGCACAUCUGAGCAGCCAGUGAAAGGCCGCCACAGCCUCCCAAACACUGCAGGACGCUGAGUGAACACGUCAACGCGUCACAUUUAAACCUGGAUUGAAGCCUCUUGUGGCAGUUUGUAUCCUGCAGCUGCUCAACUGUCUUUCCAAAGAAUCCACAGAUAAUGUUUGUCAGUUUAGACAAGAGGGAUGAAGUUUAUUGACUCUUUUAAGAACAUUGUGCUCAGAUAUUUUAUUAUACAAUAAUAAAGAAUGUUGAUACUAUGAUACUGCAAACGUGUUUGUUUAAACCCCCCCAUGCACAAUACAAGACCCACCAGCAUUUGUAUCCUUUUCUUUUGAUAGACUGUGUUUAUAUUAAUGUCAAAUGUAUUAAUUCCUGUAUGUAUUUGGCCUUUUAACAGAACACUACUAAGAGCUACCGUAACUAAUGCCAAUUAAGGUCAUGGACUCAUUCUUUGCUGAGCUGUUCUUCUUAAAUCCAGUUAUGUAAUCGACAUACUGUACAGAAUGUACCAGACAUUGUGUGGGAAAAAAAAGAAAAAGUAAUUCAAACAGUUUUUGUGCUUUUUUUA